AUAAAAUGUUCCGAACCGAGUCGUGCAGAUUAUUUCCCGGCCGAAGUGUUAACGAAAACAACGAGUCGAGGUAUUGCAACCGUGGAUAAAUAUUCAACGAGCAUGGAGAUGGAAAUUUCGUUUCCAGUGAUGCCCACGACUCCACCGAGGAUGGGUCCCACGAAAAUCAACACGAUCGUUUCCAACAUUCCCCUUUCCGACGCGAGAGUGAUCAAUUUAAUUCUACUGGUCCUAGGCGCGAGUUUAAAUUUUUUGAUCCUGAUAGUAAUCGUUUCGAGAUCCUGUUCGAGAACACCUAUGAACAUGUUCAUUAUCAGCCUGGCUUUCUCGAACAUGGUGAUUCUGAUCGAGCCUUUGGAAGAGACGAUCCGCUGGUUCUUCGGUGUCGAUAUGAAACUGAACAUGGAUUACGUUUGCAUGAUCAGUUUCGAUGUCUCAGUGGUGACGAUUGCUCUCAUCAAAUUCAUGCAGUACAUAAGGAUGUUCCAGGAGCAGGUACCCUGCGCGCAGGCACUACUGAAGAAUUUCACCGCUAUGAAAGGUAUCGUGCUCGUUUGGUCUGCCACCAUCAUAUCGCUGGCUAUCGGGCUACACAUAUACGAUUUCUUCGAAGGAGACAUGGCCGACAUUUACGUGUGGAACACGAUCAUGUUCAUCGCCAUGCCAGUCAUCAUAUCUCUCGCGCUGGAUGCCUUAAUCAUUUAUGAAUUGUUCAUAUUGAAGUCCAUCGAGGGAGAAUGGAGGUGGAAAGAAGUGAGGCAUUACAUUAUGCUCAUAAUCAUUGCAAUCGCUUUCCUCGCGGUUCGAACGCCAUAUCGACUAGCUAGAGCGAUCAAUUUCAUAGAACCGAAGGCAUCCUGCUGUACAGCGAAGAAGCGAGAGCUGCUCUAUUUCAUAGCCAAGACGUACCCAACUGUUUUCUCUCUCAUUUAUAUCGCGUUAUCGAACGAGUUUCAGGAAGUUAUUCAGAUUCUCAAGAGCAAAUGCAAGAGGUCUGAAGAACUCACUGUGGUAAUUGUUUAACAUGCUCAUUACGUGUG